CCGGGCGUGGGUGUGCACUCAAGUGCAUAAAGAAGUCUAAAAAUAGAAAAACCAUUUUGUUCAGCGGACGCCAUUCGAAUAUGCCGCCAUCCUCACCGUUUGCCAACACUGCUCCCGCCAAUCGAUGGCGCACUUAUCGAUUACACAGCCAGCCAAUAAAUCGAUUUGCCCGAUUUUUACCAGAAAAUUCGCAAACAGUACAUAAAUUUAUAUUUUGUGAGAAAAAGUGAGUAAAUCCGAGAUGGCCACCGAUGUGGAGCCGGCCGCCAACACGGCGGACAAGUUCUCCGCCAACGCCGAGGAGCUGGAGAGCUACUACCUGAUGCUGGAGGCGGGAAACAUCCCGGAGCUGCAGUGGCAGUUCCCCGGACGCAGGGCUCCCUCGCCGGAGGCAGCUUCCGGCGGCAAUAGCAAGGAACUGGAGCAGGCCACCGACGCCAUUGAGCAGGAACCCCAGAAGGCCAACGACUUCGACUUCAGCGACGAGGUGGCCCCCACCCAAAUGCGCGUCCGCAGCCAGACCUCCACGCCCAAGUCGGCCAAGAAGAAGACGGCCAACUUCGCCGGCGUCAUGGAGACGCUGAAGAAGAAGAACGCGGAGAGCUCCUAGCACCCGCCAAAGUUCUGAUGCUGAGCUGGGAAACCCAGGCAGAUCGCUGUACGGCUGGGCAUCUCCAAAAGGAGAGCACCAGGAGCUGAAACAUAGCUCUGUCUACUACACUAGGCCUAGGAACUUAGUAGGCAACAUUUUAACAUUUAUUUGUUUGGGAAAAACAAGCGAAAAGCUUGCCAAAAUACUUUUAUAGUUGGGAAAAACAUUGUCUAACUUGGUAAAACGCAGGUGAUGGUAUGACAUCAAGAUUCCUGCGUUUUCGUCAUAUAUAGUUAAUAACUAGGAGUAGCAGAUAGUUAUCAUUCAACAACUUAGGCUACAAAGAAAAUAUUUUUAUAAAAUUAGGUAGUAAGAACUUUAAUUCGCCGUUUAAAAGUUCAGUUUUCUAUUGGAAAGCCAGUACUGGUAGUUAGUAACUUCCUUAGAAUUAAAGAACUAGCAAAUAAGAGUGAUUUAUAUACAUUAUAGCUAGUUAGUUAGGCAUAUUAAUUACCUACCAGGAGUAUGCAUUGCAUUGCAUUUAGCACUUACUUUUGUGUUCCAUUUAAAAUAUAGUUUCUAACCAAUUCGUAAUGGCAAUAUUUCUGAUAAUGUUGCCCAAGAACCGCCGUUUGAAGAAUAGCCUAUUUAGAGCAUAAGUGAGUUCAUAACUAAUCGUAAAGAUCUAAAAUAGGCAGGACAAGAUAGCUUACGACCUGUAUAUAUAAUGAAUAAAAACUGAAUUUCACAAAAAGCUGUUAUAGUCGUGUCUGAGAGUAAAUACAAGCUAUUAAAAUCAGCACAGGUAUCCAAAGUAAUACUUAAUUAGUGUCUAUUUGCUAUGGUAAAAUUUGCAAUAGGCUUAGGCAAGUAAUAACCAAGUGUUCCAUACAAGUAGCAUUAGCUCUCUUUUUGGACAAAUAUUACAAAUCAAAUCUCUUAAAAUACGGGUUUAAUACUCCCCUUUCCCUAUGAACGAAACCAUAACUAGUUUAAACUUUUAAGAAAAGAUGGGAAAUAAACAUACAUUACUGAAGUA